CCAUGAAUCUCAACUCGGAACAGAUUCUGCCAGAGGAUUUUUAUCUGGCUGAAGAAGGUUCCUUACUGGAAGAAAUGGCCGAAGAGGAUGAAGAUAUAGAUCUGUACAACGAGGUGACUUUUGGAUUUGAUCAUGAAGAAUCCGAAGAAGAGAACCCUAAGGAAGAUUUAGCCGUGAAACUAACUUCAGACCGAGAACCUGAGAUUGUAAAAAAUCUAGACCAUGAAGAAGAAAAUGGAAAAGAAAUCCAGCCUGAGGAUGUACCAGAUCCAUAUGAGAUCACACGAGACGUGAAGGCUGUGGUGGAAUCCGUAAAGGAAGUGAACUUGUCUGUGGAAAUGGAAGGGAGUCCUUCUGCAAGUUCAAGGACUGAGUACACUAACUUGGGAGAUCCGGCGGUGAUGAGAGCUGUUCAUGGGCAGCCAACUUUGGAGAGCGUUGACAGUGCCGUUGUUGACAGUGGAAUGGGAACCAGCUGGGGUGAAUUUGAUUCCAGUUAUGAUCUGAGUGGAAUGGAUUCAGGAUUGUGGGUGGGUUCUCCGAAAGGAACAGCUGCGAUAGCUGGACAGAUACUGGAGGAUAAAGCGAUUCUGCGGGUUAUGGACAAAGCGCCGUAUAUCCCACCUCCCAACCUGGAAUUCCUAGGUUCUCCGAUGCAGAGAGGAUACAUGUGUACACAGCGACUCAAAGGCCCUGAAAUGGGUAUGAUGUCCCCAAAACCAUACAGGCAGCGCUUCAUUAGGCAGCAAUCUCCGUUGAUGCCUCGCACCAUGCGUCCCUCCUUCCCAUAUACACCACCAAGGAGACCUCCACCGCCUUUUACUGUAAGUCAUUCUCCAGGUUUUAUGUCCCCAACUCCCUUCAGGCCUAUGUCUCCCAACGUCAGCACCCCUGUAAGACCAGUGACCCCCAAGAUGGUCAGGAUGCACUUCGGUCCUAUGUCUCCCAGUCCUAGCCUCUCUCCUUUCUAUAGCCCAAUGGGUAACACUCUGCAGAGGUUUAAAGUUCCAGGACACGUAACGCAGCUCCAUCCUCAACACCGUCGCAUUCUUAGUCAGAGACAACGUCCCCAGAGUGCAUCCCGCAAGCAGUGGGAGCACAGGCCUGAUCCUUAUGCGAGCCUCAUGUCUCAGAAAGAAAAGGAAUGGGUAAUAAAGCUGCAGAUGAUCCAGCUGCAGAGUGAAAACCCUCACCUUGAUGACUACUACUACCAGACUUAUUAUGAGAAGCUGGAGAGACGGCUGGCUGAGGAGGAACUCUUUGGAGAGCGCAAGAAGAAGGAGCCACCCAAACUGGUCACUCCUUACAUUCAGAAAGCUGAAACCUAUGAAUCUGUGGUCCAUAUUGAAGGCUCAUUGGGACAAGUUGCUGUUUCUACCUGUUAUAGCCCCAGAAGAGCAAUUGAUGCCAUCUCCUACGUCAUGCCAGAUGAAGAUAUGAAGGCUCUUGGAUACCAGCGGUUGAGAGUCCUGAAACAUAUUGAAAAGCUGUUUGUGCUGCUGCUGGAGGUUGAGGAGAUGGAGAGAAAAAUGCCUCAUAUUCCUGAAGACCAACACAUCAGAUUUCAGCAGAAGCAGAGCUACAAAGUGCAGAGGAUCUAUGAGGCUUUGAAGAUCGGGGCCUGCUGCUGUGAGGAGGAGUCUGAAGAUGAGUUCUUACAGCUCUUGCAAGUUGGGAAGGGUGAAAAGUUAACAGCCCGGCUCCUUCCCUUUCUGCACAGUGAGCAGGCGGUGGAGAUCCUUCUGACGGUGGUUCAGCACUUAUCCUUCCUUAUUAAAAAUGAGACCACUGAAAAGUCUCUUUCCGUUCUCUACGGACCACUGACCUUAAUAAUUAAUGGUCUUCCAUUCACUGAGCUUAUCCGAGUCAUUCAAGAGCUCACCAAGACCUUGCCUGAGAGCCCUGACUUGCCUCUCACGUUGGCGUUCCAAAACCAGUUUGGGAUCUCGCUCUUGUAUGCGCUGCUGAGCCAUGGAGAGAGCCUGCUGUCUUCCGAUACACCCAUGGAGCCGUGCAUUGGAGACUUUGAAAAAUGGACGAAUACGGUCUUCCUAGUUGCAAAAGAACUUUCUCAUGUCUCCAAAUCAUCCAUAGUGGAACCGAUUUUCUUGCCUAGCAAUCUGCUCUCCUUAUUCUGCCGCUACCUGGACAAGCAGACAAUCCAUAAACUCGAGGACAAAAUGGAGUGUCCUACAGUGCCCCCCUAUGCAGCUGUGACUUCAUGAAAUUCUGAAUUUGAAACGGCCAGAACGGCCUCUGCUUCACUUGCCAAGAACCGCAUGGAUCGGU